UUUCAAUUGCCGAGUGCAUAUUCUUUGGCUGCAGGCGAUGGAAAAGGUCAAGUUGAAGUUCCGGAGAGCGUCGCAGGCACUGACCUCCAGAAGGACGAUGUGUCCCUUGCCGGGCCCAUUGCUCAUACGAACAACGAAAAGCCCGGGCAGUCGGACUCCGCAGUGGCCACUUCGGACGAGCGACCCGCAAGUGGUGCAAAUGGCGGAAGUGCUGCCGCUUCAGAUAACAACGCGAUCGAGGGGCGCGAAAAGCUACUCCUGCAAGGACAAAGCGCAACAGAUUCCUCAGCGCAAGCUGGAAGCCGAGAGCGUAGCGCGAUAGACCGACACACAGUUACGGUAAAGUUGACUAGGGGAACUAACCUUGUGGCACAUGGAACAUUCAUCUUCCACUUCCAGAAAUUGCAAACUGGUGCUGUUUAGCAUACAAGGUAAGUGCUUAUUCUAUUUCCUACUACUCGGGCGGGGUCAGUUGUUGGCUCCUUCACUUGCACUUUGGUCUACACCAGUAGAUUUACCGCAACUGGCCCGAGGACAUGUAUUGGACAAGUAGGACAUCUAUCUCUUACCCCUAGCGCCACCACAGACCAUACCACAGGGGGGGGACCGUGCAGCCCUAUGGCAUACUUAUAUAGCACUAGUAGAACAGUGCAGCUUCGCCUUUAGCUGAGUUUUGUUCUUAGUGGUUGUGCAUGCGUUGAAUGUGAUGCGCCCUCUAAUCCAAAGUGGAUGAAGCUGACGCGUUUUUUGAAGCGACGAAUUUUGUUGGCCCGCGAACUGAACAAGGAGUUAGUCAGCAUCUUAGGUUGUCUCCAGUCCUGUUUCGCAAACCGAGUUGUCCAACAGCGGAAGUGCGCGAAGACUAAGAACACGCCUGGGUCGGAAGGUGGUGGAUCGGGCUCCAGAGCCGAGAAGCGGCGUAAUGUGAGGGCUAAUGACAAGAAGCAGCGAGAAACGAUGACAGUGAACGCGAAACCAGCUCUAGCAGGUGGCGAGGCAGGUAGUAAAACAAGG